AUGUACAUUAUUCUUUGUUUUACGUUAUUAAUAUCUUAUAUAUGUGGUUCUUUGGGAAAUAGUGAUUUCACGAAUACUUCGUGUUUGGUGGAGGGUAUAUGGAUUCAAGGAGAGAAAAUAGAUUUUUCAAGCAAUAUUAGGGAAUAUAAAAUCGUUUUAGAAAAGCAUAUCCAUAAACUAGAAACUUUCAUUUACAUUUCUUAUGCUUCAAAAAAGUUGGACACCAAUAAACUUGCAAGUAAUCGCAAGUUGUUAAAUGAUAAUGAAAUUUCUAAUAAAAUCCAUUUUGACUAUCUGGGGAAAUCAACCAACUUUAUGCUUGAUUUGGUGCCAGAAUUGAACCUUAAAUCGUGCAAUAUUAGCUUAAUUAUGAAUAAAAUGCAUAUAAAACCCACAUUUCCUAAUUUUUGGCUACUAGACAUAAACGAUUUAUCAAGUAUAAAAUUGAAGAUUACUGUUGAAAAUAGCGUUGGAAAAUCAUUGAAUGAAUAUUACAUCCACAUAUUUAAUGAUAAAUUCAAGAAUGUCAUUGAGGUUGACAAUGUUUCAAUAUUUGAUAAUAAAAACGUUUCUUUUAAAAUGGAACCUCCAUUUUCACCUACAAUCUAUCGCUACAAAAUUCUAAUAAAUCCGAUGAUAAAUGAUCACAUUAAAAUAACGGCUAAAUGCAAAUAUAAUGUAUUUAUCAAUGAUAUUGAACAGCAAAGCCUCACUGUGAAUAUUCCUAACGAUAAAUUUCAAACGAUAAUCAAAAUAUCUUGUGUAAAUGUUAAAAAUAAAACUAUCGGAGUGCCUGAAUCAUAUUAUUUUCAUUUUAUAUACUCGACAAAUGAAAAUAUAACAUCUCCUAAAUCAAUAAUUCCAUUGGCCACUGGAUCGCCAUGUCUGUUAACGGAAAGUGAUGAUAUACAUAUGUACAAUUGUUAUGGAACUGUGGAUCCUGUUUCAUUUGUCAUGCAAACCAAACCAACCUACCUAUAUGCAAUAAAGUCGCAGGAUAAAAGAUACAUAUUUUACAACACUACAACUGUAAAAAUAUAUAAAAAAAGUGAUAUACAACUGGAAAUAUUGAAUGGUCGAGAAAAACGUGUCUAUAAGUUUUUUUUUAAUAAUACCAAUGAAAAAUAUAUUCAAUUUAAAUACUUACCUUUCUAUAACAAAAUUAUCGUUUUAUUGUUUAUUUUAACAUUUAUGUUUUCAUCGCUGAUGCCAUCAUUACUGCAAAUUAUAUUAUCCCGCAAUUAUAAUGGUAUCAAUUAUUUUCCAUAUAUAUUUAACAUAAUUAUUACAUAUAUUGCCAUUAGGUGUCUCGAUCAAAAUAAGAAUAUUAAUCGCAACAUAUCAUCUAUUAUGUAUAAUAUCUAUUCAUUUUUUCUAAAAAUAGAUUCAAAUGAUCCUUGGUCAUUCACAUCUUGCGCAAAUUUGAUAUGGAGCUAUACACACUAUAAAUUAUUAUUUAUAUUAAUUAGAUUUAUAUGUUCACGCAUUAAUAUUUUUUAUAAUGGGAUAAAUUCAUCUAAUUAUAUAUUUAUGGAUUACAAUAGUGUAUCCAUAGGUAAUCUGGAUUGGCCUUUAAAGACAUUCAUAUCAUUUCCAUUAUUUGGAGCAUGCUACACUAUACUACAUAAUGCUAUACAUGGAGAAGUAAUACAUGUAGAUAAUUUGUUAAUAAAAGAAGUAUUUAAUAACAAUGAUCUCAUGUUAUCGAGGCUAAAAAUACAUUCAAUUAGCAAUAUCAUUAAAUGGGUUAUUUUUGAAACAAACAUUCCACUCCUCUGUACCACAUUAAUUCUAUUGAUUGAUUUAAUAUACAAUUUCUAUCAAUACUUCAAUAAAUGUUACAACGCCGUAAAACAUGGUUACUUGAUAUGGCGUUGGAAUGAUAACUGCGGAGGUGAUCACCUGUCUAAUAAUGGAUACUGGUCCGAUAGAUUCUGUAAUCAAUUAUACACCGAAUAUAAUUCAAGUUCAGAAAUAUUUGACUGUCACUAUCAAGAUUUUUGCGGAUUGACUGAAAUCUUUGAUUUUGAAAAAUUGAAAAAUAAAAAUUAUGUUUUGGAACACCAAAACAAUAAACCCCCAUGGAACAAUUUUGAUGAUGCAGAAAAAAUGGAUUUAAACUUUCUUUCACCAAAAUAUUAUGAUCUAAAUGAUACUGUUGAUGCCAAAUCGAAUAUCUCGGAAGAGUUGAAUGAAAAUAUUCCAAUAUGCGUUAAAAUAAAUAAAUUGUUACACUAUUCAUCAUUAUAUAGAUCUUUUGGAUUAAUACAAUGCGGUUGGAUUGAUAUUUUAUUAGAUUGGAAAUUUACAAAGGAAAUAUACAUGCAAGAUAUAGAUUUAAGUAAAUUUAAAUUGAUAACCAAAUCUACCCAGUUACAUGGCCCUUUGUCUAAUGGAGAAUUUAAACCCAUUUUCAAUGGGACUAGAGUUCCACACAUAUUUUUUGAGUUAUUCACAAUAAGGUGUAUAUUGGGUAUAUUGUUUGGGAUAAUCAUUAAUAAAACUAACUCUUUCAUUCAAAAUUUCGGAUUAGUACUCAUCACUACAUUAUUUUGUUUAAUGAUGACAAGAAUAAUCGUAUCAUGGCCAUAUAAUAAAGAUAAAGAUAACAUCAUUUUAUUAAUAUGUCUAUUAGUAGAAACGCUAUUAGUUGUUUCUUUCCAAUUCAAUUUAUUUGGAAUAAAAUGGAUUUCUAACGUAUUUUUGGCCGUGCUGGAAUUUACAAUACAAUUUGGAAUCAUAAUUGCAUUCUUACAUAGCCUCUUAUUUAUAUAUUAUUUUGCACUAAAUAACAAAAGCAAACUGUAUUCGUACUGUAAUUGCAUUUUGUCAAUUGAAUUUCCUGAAACAAACACUUAUUGUAUAUCCCAUGGAUUCUCCAAAGUACCUAUUUAUUCUGCACGUAUAACAUUUGACAACAAUCCAUCCUAUGGAAUCAACCAUGAUAAAGUAUAUAUAUCUCCAAUUAUAACGAAUCUACCGCCUAUAAUAGCAAUUUCAAGCGACGAUUUCCGCUCAUUUACAAACAAUGUAAAUGGAAUACAAAUCCCCGAAAUCAUCAUAUUUUUUGGCGGGGCAGAUAUCUAUAGACUUAGUAGGAUCAUAAUAUACGACAUAGAGAAGAAAAAUAAUAUUAUUUCUGAGAUUCUAAAAGACAUAAACGAAUAUUCGAAUGUGGCUGAUGAGAUCAAUAUGAAAAUAUUAAAGUAUCACAAAACCCAUGUACCAACUAAUUCCAUCUUAUCAAUAAUAAUAAAUGAUGGUCAUAAUAUUGGAAAUAGUAAGCAUUCAGAUCAUUAUGAAGAUGAAAGUACGGUAUCACGUGAUUAUUAUAGUGAAUUAAAAAACUAA